AUGAAGAUCGAUGUUUUUGCACUUGUGUCGAUACUGGCCAUUUCUGUUCACGCCGAGCUUGUUUCGACCAACAGUAUUGCUAAUGAUAAUGGUCUCCGACUUCAGAAGCGACAGCUUUUUGACAAAAUCAAAAAGUUUUUUACUAAAAAACAAAGUGACGGUGAUCCCAAGUCGAAUCGUCCAAAGAAAAGGUCUAAAUCCCCCCGUAAUCCUUUUAAACAAUCAAAAAAGAGUGUACCAUCAUCUCAGUCAGGUGAAUCAUCUAUACCUCCACCACCUGGACCACCACCACCUAAACCAUCAUCGCCUAAACCAUCACCUCAGUCAGGUGAAUCAUCUAUACCACCAUCACCUAGAGCACCACCACUUAAACCAUCAUCGCCUAAACCAUCAUCGCGUAAAUCAUCACCGCUUAAACCAUCACCUCAGUCAGGUGAAUCAUCUAUACCACCACCACCUAGACCACCACCACCUAAACCAUCAUCGCCUAAACCAUCAUCGCCUAAACCAUCACCACCUAAACCAUCACCGCCUAAACCAUCACCUCAGUCAGGUGAAUCAUCUAUACCACCACCACCUAGACCACCACCACCUAAACCAUCAUCGCCUAAACCAUCAUCGCCUAAACCAUCACCACCUAAACCAUCAUCGCCUAUACCGCCACCACCUGGACCACCACCACCUAAACCACCACCACCUAAACCAUCAUCGCCUAAAUCAUCACCACCUCAGUCAAAUGGGACACCAUCUAAUGCUAAAAAAGUACCACCACCUAAACCACCUCGAUCACCAUCUCGAUCAACUGAGAUACCAUCCACAUCUACAAAAUUACCACCACCUAAACCACCUCGAUCAAAAAAGACAUUAUCUCUCGGCCCAAACCCAACUCCUUAA